CUCCAAACGGAGCGCGCAGAGGAGCGCGCGUGUUCUGAUGGAGCCGGGCGGGGAGAGGGAGAGCUUGAGCAGCCUCAGAGCGUCUCGCCACUAACUCCACUUUUCCCGACGCUCCUCACUUCUUCUUUUCUUUGGGAAAUCCAUUCCAUUCUGCCAGCUAUGGAGCUCCCCUCUCCAUCCCCGGGAGACUUCAGCGAGCUCCCGCCGGUGUCCACGACUCCUUCCAACGUCACAUGCUUGGAGGACCUGCUGCUCGCGCCUUCGGGGAGCAACGGAACCAGCGGGGCUCCGGCCAGAGACACCGCGCGCCUCAUCAUCGCAGUCUGCAUCACCGCGCUGUACUCCCUCAUCUGCGUGGUGGGGCUGCUGGGAAACGUGCUGGUGAUGUACGGCGUGGUCAGGUACACUAAGCUGAAGACAGCCACCAACAUCUACAUCUUCAACCUGGCUCUGGCUGAUGCUCUGGCCACCAGCACCCUCCCCUUCCAGAGCGCCAAGUACCUGAUGAGCACGUGGCCCUUUGGAGAGCUGCUGUGUAAAGUGGUGAUCGCCAUCGACUACUACAACAUGUUCACCAGCAUCUUCACGCUCACCAUGAUGAGCGUCGACCGUUACAUCGCGGUGUGUCAUCCUGUCAAGGCCUUGGACUUCCGAACGCCAGCCAAAGCCAAACUCAUCAACAUUUGCAUCUGGAUCCUCUCCUCCGCUGUGGGGGUGCCGGUGAUGAUCGCGGCUGUUACCAAGGUGACUGAUAAUGGAAGCACCGCCUGCACACUCACCUUUCCGGAGCCGGAAUGGUAUUGGGAUACAGUGACGAAAGUCUGCGUCUUCAUCUUUGCCUUUCUGGGUCCGGUUCUCAUCAUCACCAUCUGCUACGGUCUGAUGAUCCUGCGACUGAAGAGCGUCCGCCUUCUGUCCGGUUCCAAGGAGAAGGACAGAAACCUGAGGCGGAUAACCCGCAUGGUCCUGGUGGUGGUGGCGGCUUUCAUCAUCUGCUGGACCCCCAUUCACAUCUUCAUCAUCGUGAAGACUAUGGUGCAUAUUGACCGUAAUAACCUCCUGGUGAUGGCGAGCUGGCACCUGUCCAUCGCUCUGGGCUACAUCAACAGCAGUCUGAACCCGGUUCUCUAUGCCUUUUUGGACGAGAACUUCAAGAGGUGCUUCAGGGACUUCUGCCUGCCUGGACGCUCCAGCUCGGAGCAGAGCAGCUUCUCCAGAGCGCGUAACAGCGCCAAGGAGCCAGCGUACGUUUGUGCACCUGCGGAUCCACAGGAAGCGCCCACCUGACUAAGGCUGGAUCGGUCAGAGGGGAGUGUAGUCCAGAAUGAGUUCCAGACUAGUGUCACACAGGUGUCCACCACAGGAGUCUGAGUCCACAGAUGGUCCCCAGAACCGUCCAAACAGACUGGACUGAAUUGAGCAUAACUCAUUCUACUUUUAGCAUCAUGUAAGUCUUUCAGUGCAAUCACAAACCUGUGUGUCUGUGCAUCAGGAUCCAGGCAUAAAAACAUGGACAAAGCCCCCCAGGCGAGGCAGAAGAGCUGAAGGGUCGAUAACGUCCUUGCAGAAAAGCCGCUUCAAAGCUCAAGAUUGAUCAUUGAGAAAAUGACUUUUCAAACCUCCAGCUUAAAGAAAUGCACAGUCAACAGCUGUUCACCUGAAACAAUAAGCACUCCUCCCACACAGCACAGAUAUUUCAUCAUGUUUGAAGAAUUUUAUGAGGCAACCAGAAGUUUAAUCCAAAAGACGCACCAUUAUUGUGUUUUUAUAUUUCUGUAUUCAUGUAUUCAAUUCAUAGAAUCCAUGAAAAUCUUAAAUUAAUUUUCUAUAGAAAUUUAAUUUACCCCAAAACAGUGGCUGGCAAUACUAUGUUAAUCACAGCAAUUAAAUGAAUAACUAAUAAAUACAUUUAACCAUUAAAUAGGUAGUUUGUUUUCACAAUUGUACAAAAACAUUUUGAUCGAUCCAAUAAUAUUAACAAGAGUGCAUCACUGGUUAAUCGUUAUGAUGUAAAAAUGUAUAUAUGUUUAUAGUCUUUUAUUUAUUCAUUUUAUGGAAAUUAUUUUGUUCUGAUUUAGGAUUUAUUUUUCUUAUUUAAUUAAUUUUAAAUUAAUAUAAAACUGCAGUAAAUAGUAGUUGGUAUUGUUGCUUUACAGCUUUAUAAAUAAAACAUUAUAUAAUGUAAAUAUGAAUUGAUUUUAUUUACUCACUUUAAUUUAGUUGGUUGAACUGAUUAUUUAUCAAACUAUUUCGUACUGUGUUGUUGUUUAUUGGAGAUUUUGACAGAUUUGUGCUUGAUUUACUGGCAGAACGGAUGUAAAACAAAUCAAAUGUAACAGGAUAAAUUAUAGGUUUUAAGAUGAAGAUGUCUGUAAAAAUGCCCUGCAGGAACAAACAGAGCGCUCACCAUGCGAGGGACUGCACCUUCAUGCUGCUCUGGCUGUAAACGUCCUCUGUUUUUGUGGAGUAAAAACAGAAAGCGACUCUGCUCUCUGAAAGACUGAUGACUUGAAAUCAGGAGCAGCGGGACUCCUGUCCCCCACUGAAGGAAGAAAACAGACAUUUCCUUUCACUUUGUGGAUAAACAGAAAGCUGGUAUUGAUUUGGGAGAUUAUUUAAAUGCUGCCGCAUUUUAAUUUAAAUCACUGUCCAGUGUGCAGCAUGUAUAUUUUCAAAUGUUGCUCAGAUAAUAACUGUCGGUAGUACGAUAUUUUCUCUGAUGAUGUGAUUUGCUGCAAAGCAGUCAGUAAAAUUCAGUGUUUAUGAUUUACAUGUACUUUAUGAAUGUUGGGAAAGCAAGUAGUUUUAUUUACUUGAAUUAGACAUUUUUGAUCAUCAGUGGAGCAGAAAUGCUCCAGAGACAUCAUGUGGAUGAGAAGAAAAAAGCCAUCAUGCCUUAUUUAGUAGUGCUUUAGAUGUUCUAUAUUGAAAUAAUUGCGUUGGAGAUUUAACUCAAUCGUUAACAUAUUCCCCCCCCCAAAAAUAAUUUUUUGCUUUUUUUUUCUAAAAUGAAUGCAGCUAACAGUAUAUAUAUAUAU